AUGGAGUCAAGAUGGAGUCGCUGGAGUGUGUGGAAGGGGUGGAAACUGGAGGCUCGAGGCUCGAGGCAGGUCACAGCAUGUCCGCCGCGUGCUGAAUUGAAUGUCUCGGGCGUCGUACCGUUGAGGAAUAACGGCAUGGGUCCUGUGUUCCUUGGUGCCUCGGGAUUUCGAGGCGGGUUCUGUUCUGGACUCGCAGACUCUGGAGAUAGACCCCUUUCCACUGGCGGCGGUGGCGAGUCAUGGAGCCAGAUUCGCCGAAUGAGGACGUACUGUACUGGAAAUCUUGGUGAAGUGGGAUUGUGGACUGUGGAUUGUGGACUGUGGAUUGUGGACUGUGGACUGUGGAGACUGGGAAGUUGGAACGCGGAGGUGAGGAGGAAUUUGGAGAAGGUCGAGAUGGCUGUGGGCACCGUGUGGGGAUCUGGAUCUGGAUCUGGUAGGGCACCGUCGCUUCCAGGGACAUCCUGUAUGGGCUCGGCCACACUGCGGCUCUACCGGCCAAGCCUCGCUUCAGCAAGUCUUGCAAAGCCAAGCCAAGCAGAGCUUAAUGUUGACCGGCUCUAUCUAACGCCACCCACCAAGCCACACUUCGCUUUCUGGCGGCUAUCAGCGCCACUCGGUACUCGCCUUCGGUCCCUUGCAGAUGUCGACGCCGCUGACGACCCGGAUCCUCGGCUUCCUGAAUCUCGAGUCACAUGGCAGCUGACAUUCGAGGAACAUAUUGCACGGUAUCGAGAUCAACAGCUGAUCAUCAAGGAAGACGGGAGUGCCCAAGGGCAAAAGUUUGCCCUAUUCAAGAUCAUUGCUAUGUCGCAGGUGGCAUUUCUGCCGGACUCAUCCAACACUUAA